ACCUCACUGUGUGGGACUCUUCUCAACGAUACUUGUUUUCUACUCCAUUUUGGUUCACUUCCCCACUCUCUCUCUCUCUCUCCUCAUCGUUCUCCUCCUCCUCCAUUCUCUUCCAAAUCGCACCCCCAUUUCCCCCUAAAUGUGCUAAAAAAUCCCAUUUUUUCCCCUAAUUUUGCCACCAUACAUAGUGAGAGAAUGGCUACUUCGCUCUACAAACCCUCCUCGAAGCUCUCCAAAUCCCCCUCUUCCCAAUCCCAAUCCCUCCCCUCCCCAUCCCCCAAACCCUCCUCCUCAUCCUCUUCGUCCUCCUCUCUGUCCACCCAUCUCGCCAUGGUUGAGCUCAAAUCCAAGGUCCUCGCCGCACUGUCCAAGCUCUCGGAUCGGGACACGCAGCAGAUCGCCAUUGACGAGCUCGAGCGCAUCAUCCGCACCCUCCCCUCCGACGGGGUCCCCAUGCUCCUCGGCUCCCUCACCCACGAGCCCCCGGCCCCGCCCCCGCCCCCGGUCGCCGUGCGCCGCGAGUCGCUCCGCCUCGUCGCCGCGCUCUGCGCCGCCCACCCCGACGCCGCCGCCGCGCACCUCCCCAAGAUCGUCGCCCACCUCGUGCGCCGCCUCAAGGACCCCGCCUCCGACUCCUCCGUCCGCGACGCGUGCCGCGACUCCGCGGGCGCCCUCUCCGCCAUCUACCUCCGCCCCCUCGCCGCCGCAGCAGAGGGGGGCGGCGGCGCCGGCGCCGGGUCCUCCUCCUCCUCCUCCUCCUCGUCGGUGGUGGCGCUGUUCGUGAAGCCACUGUUCGAGGCCAUGGGGGAGCAGAACAAGGCGGCGCAGGCGGGGGCUGCCGCAUGCCUCGCCAAGGUGGUGGAAUGCGCGAAUCCGGAGGCCGCGGAGGCGUCAGCAGGGGCCGGCGCGGGGGCGUCAGCAGGGGCCGGCGCGGGGGCGCUGUUCGCGAAGCUGUGCCCGCGGAUCUGUAAGAUGCUGAGUGCGCAGAGCUUCCUCGCUAAGGGGGCCUUGCUCUCCGUCGUCUCCAGCUUGGCUCAGGUAGGAGCAAUAAGUCCUCAGAACAUGCAACAGGUGCUGCAGAACAUCCGUGAGUGUCUUGAGAGCAGUGAUUGGGCUACUCGAAAGGCUGCCGCUGAUACACUGUGCAUCUUGUCUUCUCAUUCGAGUCAUUUAGUCGGAGAUGGGGCCACCUCUAUAAUAACUAGCCUUGAAUCAUGCCGUUUUGAUAAGGUGAAGCCUGUUAGGGAUAGCAUGGCAGAGGCACUGCAGUUAUGGAAAAAGAGUACAGGAGAAGAUGCAACCUCUGAAGACCCAAAAGAUGGCAAAAGUAGUGAAUCAGCUGAUAAUGAAGAGAGAUUAGAUUCCAAUAGACCAAAUGCCAGCACUAAAAAAUCAGAAUUUGUGAAAGAUGCAUCCCCUGCUUCUCCACCCACAACUAGUGAUUCUGCACCUAAAGGAAAAGGCGCCAACAUAUCAGAAAAGGCAGCUGUUUUGUUGAAGAAAAAGGUCCCUUCUUUAACCGAUAAGGAGUUAAAUCCCGAGUUCUUUCAAAAUCUUGAAACAAGGACAAAUGACCUAGCUGUUGAAGUGGUGGUACCUCGUAAGUAUCUUCAAACACAAGGUGGCGAUGAACCAGAUAGAGAUUAUAAGGUUCAAGAAAAUCAAGAUGGAUCCAUGGACCGUGAUUUGAAUCAGAGUCAAGUUGCCAAUAACCAGAGUUCCGAGAAAAGAUUCUUUAAUAAGAUGCAAAUUGCAGAUGAUUAUUCUCGGGAUAAGUGGACGGAACAAAGAGGAUUCAGGGGUAGAGACUUGAAAGCGAGGAUGGGUGAUGUUGAUGAUAAAAAUGAAACUAAUCAGAGGGAUUCUUCAAGUGGACGUUUAAAUAUUUCUAGAUCGGAUGGCCAGGCAAAUUGGUUGGCCAUUCAAAGGCAGUUAUCACAAUUAGAGAGGCAGCAAACAAGUCUGAUGAACAUGUUGCAGGAUUUUAUGGGAGGUUCUCAUGAUAGCAUGGUUACGCUAGAAAACAGAGUGCGUGGUCUUGAGAGAAUCGUUGAGGAGAUGGCGAGGGAUCUAACUCUAUCAUCUGGAAGGAGAAGUAACUUACUCAUGGGUUUUGAAUCACCUCCAGGUAGAUCUUCAAGCAAGUACAACGGUUUUCAUGAGUACUCUAGCUCAAAAUUCGGGCGGGGUGGUGACGGACGGCUUGGAUUUGCAGAGAGAUUUCUCUCUCCAGAUGGUAUUAGAGGAAGAGAUCCUUCUUGGAGAUCAGAAUCCGAAGCAUGGGAUUCUUAUUCAUAUUCUGGUUCAAGAAAUGGAGCCAUGAGUUCAAGAAGAGGUUUGGGUGCUGCUAUCCCGAGAACUGAACGAGAUGGUGAUAUAAUAAGCAACAGGCGAGCAUGGGAUAAGGGACAAGGGCCGUUUCGGCUUGGUGAGGGCCCAUCAGCAAGAAGUGCAUGGCAAGCCUCGAAGGAUGAGGCCACACUGGAAGCCAUCAGAGUGGCUGGUGAAGAUAACGGGAAUUCUAGGGUUUCGACACGGGCGGCUAUCCCUGAACUGGACGGAGAAGCUUUGACCGAUGAUAAUAAUCUAGGUCAGGAGAGGGGCCCACUUUGGGCAAUGUGGACCCGUGCGAUGGACUCGCUUCAUGUUGGUGAUGUGGAUUCAGCAUAUGCUGAGAUUCUUUCGGGUGGCGAUGCUAUGCUGCUUGUGAAGUUGAUGGAGCAAACUGGUCCUGUUAUUGAUCAGCUUUCUAGUGAUGUUGCCAAUGAAGUUUUACAUGCAGCAGGGCAGUUUCUUCUUGAAGAGAGUUUCUUUGAUAUAGCUUUGACUUGGCUUCAGCAGUUGACCGAUUUAGUUGUGGAAAACGGCAGCGACUUACUCGGAAUUCCCAUCGAAGGAAAGAGAGAGAUACUGUUGAGCCUUCAUGAAGCUUCUGCGGUUGAAUUGCCGGAAGAUUGGGAAGGGGCAACACCGGAGCAGAUAAUGACACAAUUAGCCUCAUCAUGGGGAAUCAAUUUACAAAAGCUUAUCAAUUAAGAUCUUUGCGAUCUAUCUAAUACCGUGUCAGUUGUUAAUUAACUCAGUUUUUUUGUUGUUGUUCUUGUUUCUCUUUUUUGGUUUGCUUGGUUCUUGGGGAGCAGAUAUUACCACAUGUAAUGAAAUCGAAAGGGUAGUUGUGAAUCCGUGGACUGCCGAUGUGUGGGAAAUAUGCGUUAUUAUGACCAUUCUUCAGAACUUUUUGAUUUCUCUUCUAAA